AUGCUGCUUGUGGUCCUGGUGGCUGUGGUUGCUGUGGCUGCGGCUGCAGUGGUUGCGGUGGCUGUGGUGGCUGCGGAGGCUGUGGUGGCUGCGGUUGUGGUGGCGGCUGCGGUGGCUGUGGUUGUGGUGGUGGUUGUGGUGGCUGCGGUUGUGGUUGUUGCUGUGGAGGUUGCGGCGGCUGUGGUAGCUGUGGUGGCUGUGGCGGCUGUGGUAGCUGUGGCGGCUGUGGCGGCUGCGGUGGCUGUGGUGGUUGCGGCUGUUGUGGAUGUGGAUGUGCAGGUUGUGGUAGCGGUGUAUAUGGCGCCCCCGGCAGCUGCGGUAGCUCCACUGCAUGCGGCGGCUCUGGGGCCGGUCCUUGUGGAGGCUGUCCAGGUGCCCCAGGAGCAUGCGGCUGUGGCUGCGCACCUUGUGCAGGAUGCGCCGGGUGCAGCGGCCCUGCAUGCACAGGAGCACCGCCCAAUGGGGUGGGGAACCCCCAAGGCCCUGGCUUCGCCACCGAUGCUUCGGGGAUUCCUCCGCCGCCUCCCCGCGGUGAUCCCACCGCUGAGCCGCAACGAAGCUCCAAGCAGAGGAUGUACGAGCAGAAGGCGUCUGAGGCUUUCGAUGCCCUGCUGA